CAAAUAGAGUGGAUACAUAUUUAACAGUGUUGAGUUUUACUUGUUCUGUGCAGUCAGUGCUUGGAUUAGUCUGAAGAUGAAUGUAUUAUGAGGGACAACUUUGUGGAAAUAUUCGAAGAUUCCUGUUGUAAAUGAAAAUAUCAGGUCCAUGGCACUCUCACUAAACUUGGAGCUGGAUCCUAUCUUUCUGAAGGCAUUAGGUUACCUUCAUUCCAAAAGUAAGGACUCUGCUGAAAAACUGAAGGCACUGCUAGACGAAUCCUUAGCAAGAGGAAAUGAUUUUACAUCUCGACCUCCCCAGAAGGAACCAGAAUUGCCAAAAGUGCCUGUCGCUAAAGCGAGUUCCAUCAAGCAGGAAUCUAAACCGCCCACGUUAAGCAAUAACAAUGGCAAAGCUGCUGGGACUGAAAAGGUCAAGAAAGAAGCCGAGAAGAGGCCUGCUGAAAAGCUGAAAACAGAAUCUCCAGAAGGGGUUGAACCUCAAAAGAAACUGAAGCUUGAUAAACCAGAAAACCAGUCAUCCCCUAUCACUGUUCAGACUAACAAAGACCUGCCAAUAUCAGAUCUGUCGAACUUCGAAGAGACCAGUGCUGAGGACUUUGCCAUGGAAAUGGGUUUGGCUUGUGUUGUCUGUCGUCAGAUGAUGGUAACCUCUGGUAAUCAGUUGGUGGAGUGCCAAGAGUGCCAUAAUCUAUACCACCAGGAAUGCCAUAAGCCACAGGUGACUGACAAGGACGUGAAUGAUCCACGUCUGGUAUGGUACUGCGCUCGUUGCACCAGACAGAUGAAAAGAAUGGCUCAAAAGACACAGAAGCCACCACAGAAAACAUCACCAUCGCUAAUAUCUGCUGUUCCAGCAGUGAAGGAUCCACUAGUCAAGAAGCCAGAAAUAAAGCUAAAGCAGGAAACACCUACCACCUUUCAGGCAUUUAAACGUACAGAAGUCAAGCCACCAGCAAAUGCUUCUGGAAACUCAUCCAGCUCCAGCUUAGUUUCUGCUGCAUCGACAAGUGGUCUCACAGGGUGGGCUGCCUUCGGAGCCAAAACAUCAACUGCACCAUCCACAACCAAGCUUGGAACUGCAGUCCAGAGUAUCCAGAGUACAAGUGGAAAAAAUUCUGUGCCUCCUGCUGGACAGAAACCUUUAGGUUUGUCUGGCUUAGCAACUCCUAAAGUUGUGCCGGUAUCGAAAGGAACUUCAAACAAUAACACAAGCACAGUUUCCUUGAAACCUCCACCUUCCCUGACCCUGGGCAAACCAGGUCUUAAUCGUUCCUCUAGCAGUGACAAUGUUAGUAAAGUAGGUCAAUCAGCAAGCAACUCUUCAGGAAGCAACAACCAAACAAGUACUGGGAAUGGAGGGAGCACAGUUGCAGGAAGUAGUGGGAACAAUGGCGCAAAACCUGCAUCAGCAGAACAGUCUUCUUCAGCUCCUAAAGGUCCGACUUCUCAGGAAUCCCAGCUGAAUGCCAUGAAAAGGUUACAGAUGGUUAAGAAAAAAGCUGCACAAAAGAAGCUUAGAAGAUAACAUUGGACAGUGUUCAUGUCAUGUAAAGCAGCAUCAUAGUGAGAAAAAUCUCCAUAUUUUUACUAAAAAUUUUUGCACACGUCUUUUUCUGUGCAUUUCUGUGAUCUGUUUUCCUUCCUCAAUCCUUUGCUUGACCAUCUAGUCCAACCCAGCACCCCAUUGAUUUCCUUCAGGUGGCAGCCCUAUGGCCCAUUCAUUCUUCCAGGGCAAGAGCUGAAUAAACUGUGUAUGAGCCUUGUCCUCCCUACCUAACCCUUCCCUGUGGCAGCUAAUGAACUCUAUAAUUGCUGUUCAUACAAAUGCCAACCUCAUGGUAAGUAGUACAACACUACAGCAUAGACUCAUUAGGCUCACUGCUGCAGGUGAUACUCUUGCACUCUAGCAGGUGUUGGCAGUACAGCAAACCAUGCUGCCAUGUACUCUCAAUGGGUGAAUUGCAGCACUUGUUCCUUUAGUCAAACAUUGCUCAUCUGGAUUGCAGUCAGGGUUUUAUUCCUCUAAGUCAUGUGGCCAGGACUAUGCCAUUAUCUUAUUUAUGUCUUAAAUGUCUAGGUAAGUGAUACUAGUCUUGUGAUGGUUUUUUUUUUUUUUUUGCACCCAUUGUCAGUGCUGCCUGAUUGUCAUCAGCCCCAUCUUCAGCCAGCUGACCUAGUCACCAAGAAUCUGUUGAGAGGGGCCAUCUUUAAGAUGUCCAUUGGGGUGGUGGACUUAAGUUCUUAUGUUUUCCUGCAUCUCUAUACACUCUCAGUAUAGCAGGGAAAAUUGGGGUAUGCAGUAAGCUAUCUGUGCUGGAUGACCCUUGCUUCCAUAAGGGAUGUUGCCAGCAGGCAGCUCUUCCCAUCACUCCACUGGAAAAAUCAUAGUAUCCCCGGUGUGCUUCCAGACCACCUUCAACCCUUUUCUUCCUCAGGGAGAGACUGGUGGGUCAUGUCCCUUCACUUCGCUCUCUCUCUCUCUCUGUUCCUGCCUAGGUCUUCGUGUGCCAAGGCUGCUAAUUGAAAUACAGUCACAUGGAUCACAUGGCUCCAUCAUCCCUCUGAUACUAUUUUAACCUGUAGAAUGAAAUCUAUUAUUUGUAGCACAGAUGCUACAUGAUAACAUGUCCUUGUUUUUUAAAACAGCAGCAUAAAGUUUAGUUAAGAAAUUUACUUAUCUGCUAACUGUUUGAAAAGAGAGGUACUGCUAGCCAUUCUGUAUAGUGGAAAAAAAAGUUCAAUUUAAGACAGUUGCUCUGUCAAUAAAAGCUCACACCAUUCCAAACA